AAUGUUAAAAUCAGCUACUUUCUCUUUCAGAGGUAAUGUUCAUAGUUUUGAUGAUGCUGCUGGUGGGUCCAAUGAUGCAAGGAUACCAUUUUUCACAGCAGAUAUUACAUUGGCCAUCCCAAAUGUGGUAAUGCAGCCCAACCUAGAAGAUAUACAACAAAGUCUUAACAAGGCAUGUCAGUUUAUUCUAGAUAUUUCUAAAGGUGUUCAUCAGUGGGGACAGAACAGACCUUCUAGUAACCCUGAGCAAUGUCAUGGUAGAUACGGGCAACGAUCAAGUUUGUGCCUACCUGGUGUUUCCCCAGGAGUUUAUGGAAGAGAAUCCAAUACUGUCAGAGUACAAGGCUAAAUUGAUGAUGUUUAAAAAGUUAGAGAAUAGCAUUGAUGACAUUCAGGUAUCAGAGACUGUUGGACCAAUAGAGCUGUUUACAGAGUCUUUGAAGUUAGCAUUGAGAGUUGAGAUCAAGGCAUGGAAGUUGUUAUUUGGUAAAGAGUUGAAUGAGACAUAUAGGCAGAAGAUGGACGAGAUACUGGCAUUUAAAGAUGACUACGGUAAGAGACUGAGUCGACCUAUUAGAGAUCUUGAAGAUGUGAGGCAGGCCAUGUAUGCCCUAGCUGAUGUCAGAGAGCAUCAAAUAAGUAUAGACAUGGGACUUGGACCUAUUGAGGAAUCCUAUGCAAUGCUCAAUGACUUUGGUGUCACAGUUCAUAAGGAAGAAAAUGACAAAGUGGAUACACUUAGGUACUCAUUCGACAAGCUGAUGGCUAUGUCGAAUCAAGUACAAGACAACUUAGUGCACUUGCAGCCUGGCUUUAAGAAGCAAUUAUUGACUUCAGUUGAAGUUUUCCAUGGAGAUGUGUCAGAUUUUACCCUGAAUUAUGACGAGGAUGGACCAAUGGCUGAAGGUAUAUCCCCAGUAGAAGCAAAUGAUCGACUACAGAUUUUUCAG